CCCUCCUUCCCCUUUCUUUUCUCCUUCUCCCUCCUCCUCUCUGCUGCUACGCAGCGCCACUGGACGGCGGAAGUCCCUGAGUCGCGACGCGUUGCGCACCGCGCGCCCGCGGGCGCGCUUCCGCAGCUGGCGCGGAGGGGGACAUGCGGAGCCGCCCCGAGUCCACGGACUUGCGGAGCCAGCCGACCCCGGGCAUGUCCGAGAGGCCAGACGCGCCGUCUCCGCGCUCGGGGCGGCAGUCCGCGGCGCUGGCCGCCGAGCUCCGGGGCCUCCCAGGCCUCGCCGCGGCCGCGGCGCCCUCGGCGGAGGAGGGGCCCGCCAGGGUCGCGCCCUCGCCCUCGCCGCGGAGCCGGCAGGCCAAGGAGUGGCUGCAGAGCGUGAGCUCGCAGGUGGACUCUGCGCGCCUCCUGAGGGCCAGGCUGCGGUGCGCCGCCAGCCCGCGCAUGCCGAAGGCAAAGACGCUCGAGAUGAAGGCCCUAGUGAGCAUGGAGCGUAGCUUGGAGGACCGCAUGAAAGGCAGAUCGACCACCGAGAAGACCUUGGCGGCCUCUCUGGCUCAGCGGGACGACGGCAUGAGCAAGACCGGGUAUUCUUGCGAGAUGUGCUUGCUACGCAUGCAGAAGGCCAGCGCGGCCGCCUGGACGGGGCUGACCAUGACCGAGCGGCGGCAGGAGCUGCGGGCGCGGCUGCCUGAGCGGGAGCAGGUGCGAGACGAGAUGCAGGAGCGGCAUGGCGCCGCGCCCCCCCCCGCCGCGCAUGUCCUAGCGGACCCUCCGCCGCGCGGGGCGCGGCCGCGGCCUGGCCGCGGCGCCGUGAUGGGCGCCGCGCCCUCCUACGGGAUCGACGUGCGCGUGACCGACCGCAAGAGCAUCAUCCGGGAGCAGUGCCUGAAGCGGAUGGACUACGAAGGGCUGCAACACGCGUACCGGGUCGACAACCGGCCUGCGAAUAGAGGGCAGCUGCGGAUCCAGGAAAAGGCGAAAUUGGUGGACCCGAGCUUAUGCAAGGGCGGCGAAAACUCCUUCCCGUACAUGGAGGCCAGCAUCCUGCCGAUAGUGACCGCGUUCCUCUUCGGCGGCGCCCUCAUUCGCUGCUUCGAGGUCUGCCCGCUGUGGUUCGUGGUCUACUACAAGACGCUCGACCAGAUCUUCGCGAAGAUCGACAUGGGCUUCAAGCAGUUUUACGGCCACUCCCUCCACCUGGAGUACGCGCGCACGGACCUCGGGGACACGAACAUCGGCGGCGAGCGGGCAUCCGCAUCGACAGGAUUCUGA